GAUCUAUUCCCACAAAAAAUAAACAAAAAAAUUCUGAAAUUAGUUCGACAAAAUUUUAGUUGGAAUAUUUUGUACAUUUUAAAAAAUCUGAAGAAGAUUGCACCAUGAACAUGAACUAUUCGAUUCCCUAUGAGGCCGAUUUCGCUUUAACCGCAGAUCAAAACGGCAGCAAGAUCGUACCGGUCAACCAAAUGAGCUUCAUGCCGCCUGGCCAGCUGCAGAACGCACCUAUGUCCAUGGGUAUGUCGCCAAUGGGCGGCACUUCGAUGGGCCAGAUGCAGAUGCCAAUGGGGAACAUGCCACAGCUGCCUACUGCUGGACAGUUUCCAUAUUCGCCGGUAGCUGGAAACACCAUGCAGCAGCUGCCAAUGGGUGGCAUGCAGCAGCUGCCGCAAGGUUCUUUCUCCCAGUUGCCGAUAAUGUCGCAGCCCACGAUGACUCAACUGCCACCUGGGGCGGUAACGCCGCUCAAUAGCGUGACACAAAUUCCCAUGAUGAUGGGUGGCCCCAUGGGUUCGAUCGAUGCGAGCGGCAUGAAUGCGGUAGUUCCGGAUCUGCAGCCCAUGUCGGCCAUGGGUCAAAUGCCCCAAAUGCAAGGACAGCAGGGAGGCAGGUUAUCCGGUGGUGGUGUUGGGGGCGGCCAGCAGUCAACGUACCAAGCAUCGCCGUACAAUUGGAUGGGCAACUAUGGUGGCAAUGGCGAUGGUAAUAAUCGCAAUCACGGCAAUAGCGGGACUCACGGCAAUCACGGAAAUAACGGCAACAACGGUUACUACGCCAAUGGAACCUCGAGCACUGUGCAAGCAUCAAGGAUGUCCGGAGGCGGUGGUCAGCAACAAAUGUACCAGAUGUCCUCACCUAACUGGAUGGGAAACAGCUACGGAAGCAAUGGCAAUGGCUACGGUAACGGACAAAAUGGUGCUCAGACUGGUGGCAUGGCUUCCAAAACUUACACUGGUGGCAAUGAAAUGUCGCCCAAGGCGUACAACAAUGGCACUGAAAUGGGCCAAAAUUAUUCAAAUGGCGGCUAUAACAUGUGGGCCUAUAACAAUCAAGGCGGUCUAGCCAAUAUAACGCCUCAGUAUAUACAACAACAACAACAGCAACAACAGCAGCAACAACAACAGCAGCAGCAACAACAGGAGCAAAAGCAACACCGCAUGCGUUCCCAUUACGAGAUGAGCAAUGGUUGUAAAGAGGCUAGAAAUGGUUUGAACUCUCCAUCUAGUUCGGAUCAGAACAAGUUUUCUCGAGGCAACAAGAUUCCCCAUUGGCGGUAGACGACUAAAUUGUGGCUAUGAUUGGACCAACUAAGAGUGUGCAUCCUAAUGUUUUCUGUGUUAGCAAAAUUUCUCAUUUAAUUGCCUCGAAUGCAAUUUAUUAUCCGCUUUUUAUGGCAACAAAUCCAUUUGCAGCUUAAAGUUUGUGCAAUAAAAGAGAAUAAAAUGAAAGAUGGAAACCUUUAA